AAAAAAAUGAGGUCGUCUAGGGUUUCUCUCAUAGCCGCCGCUUGCUCUGGUUCUUCGUCUCUUCUCCUCUCCUCUCCUCUCUUUUCCUCUUUUCUAGAGGUUAAAGAGACAGGGCUUACCAGGCCCCGUCUGCCUUGGCGUUGCUCCGGCCGCGUCUUGGUCCUCGAAAGGAGAUCACUUUUGUUUUUUUACAGUUUUUUCUUACUCGAUUUUGUUCGGAGGCUGUAGAACAAGCAAGACAAGAUGGUCGUGAAGCUGUCCAAGUCGGAGAAGAAGGUGCUGUAUGACAAGAAGCUGUGCUCACUUCUGGAUGAGUACAGUAGGGUGCUCAUUGCGGUCGCUGAUAACGUCGGCUCCAAUCAGCUGCAGAACAUCCGCCAGGGUCUGCGUGGCGACUCCAUCAUUCUCAUGGGCAAGAAUACCCUCAUUCGCCGCUGCAUCAAGAUCCACGCAGAGAAAACCGGCAACAAGGAUUACCUGAACAUCCUACCUCUACUUGUUGGAAACGUUGGUCUGAUAUUUACAAAAGGAGAUCUUAAGGAAGUCAGUGAAGAGGUUGCCAAGUACAAGGUUGGAGCUCCUGCACGUGUGGGCCUUGUUGCACCUAUUGAUGUUAUUGUGCCACCUGGAAACACUGGAUUGGACCCUUCCCAGACAUCUUUCUUUCAGGUGCUCAAUAUUCCCACCAAGAUUAACAAGGGUACUGUGGAAAUCAUCACCCCUGUUGAGCUGAUUAAGAAGGGAGACAAAGUAGGCUCUUCUGAGGCUGCUCUCCUUGCAAAGCUGGGGAUUAGGCCAUUUUCGUACGGUCUUGUUAUUCUGUCUGUGUAUGAAGAUGGCUCUGUGUUCAGUCCUGAAGUUCUCGAUCUGACAGAGGAUGACCUCAUUGAGAAGUUUGCAGCUGGCAUCUCCAUGGUUACUUCACUGUCUUUGGCCAUAUCCUACCCAACUCUUGCAGCUGCACCCCACAUGUUCAUCAAUGCCUACAAAAAUGUUCUUGCUGUAGCAAUUGCAACUGAGUACACCUUUCCUCAGGCCGAGAAAGUCAAAGAAUUCCUCAAGGAUCCAAGCAAGUUUGCUGUUGCUUCUGCACCUGUAGCUGUGGCGGAGACUGCAGCACCUUCGGCCUCUGCACCUGCGGAAGAGAAGAAAGAGGAGCCAGCUGAGGAAUCUGAUGACGACAUGGGCUUUAGCUUGUUCGAUUAGGAUUUCUCAGUCUUCUAUCUUAUUUCCAAGUUAUCUUUUAGUCAUUUUGUUGGCUUGCUUCAAUUUUUGCUACUCGAAGGUUUCAUGUUGAACUAUUUAUUUCUUUCGCUCUACCGUUUCUUUCCUUUUUGGUUAAUGCGAUCUCUUAGAGAAUAUCAUUUA